AAGUCAAUAUAUGUGUACUUCCAGGGUGUAAAUAUCAAACAAUCCAAUGAAGAGGAGGAAUUACUUCCCGUUGCGUUCGUAACCUCGAGCACAACCCAUCGCCCAGGUGUGAGAGAACCGGCCGGCGCGGCGGACCUUUUGGCGAGGCAGCGAAGUCCGGCGAUGUGAAACGCGUCCUCCUCUUUCUACUCGGCUAACCUCGCUAGCCGCCGAGCUAACGUGCCGCCAGCUAGUUGGUCACACCGCGGCGGAGGGAGCUCCUCGUCGGCGGCGCACGAAGGACGAAGUGACUGAAUCUGCCGGCUCCGUCGAAGACUAAGCCCAGCCGCGCACAGGCAAGGUAAACUUUCUGGUGUUUGGACGCCACUCUGUAUUUGGGAACUUGUCGACAGUCAGCCAGCCAAUUGGGCUUUUCUUGGUCCUCGCAAAAGUCGCAACUUCUUCAACUGCUUUCUUGUCAAAAUGGCUCAAUAUUGGGCGUAUGAUUCCAAACAACCUUUUUGACGCGGUUUCUUCUUGGCUUGCUGUGUUAUCAUGUGUGCCAAUGGGCCUCCACCACCACCGACGGCUGGGUCUCCUCCACCACCACUGACGGCUGGGCCUCCACCACCACCAACGACGGCUGGGCCUCCACCACCACCACCGACGGCUGGGCCUCCACCACCACCACCGACGGCUGGGCCUCCUCCACCACCACCGACGGCUGGGCCUCCACCACCACCACCACCACCGACGGCUGGGCCUCCACCACCACCGACGGCUGGGCCUCCACCACCACCACCGACGGCUGGGCCUCCACCACCACCACCACCGACGGCUGGGCCUCCACCACCACCACCACCGACGGCUGGGCCUCCACCACCACCACCACCGACGGCUGAUGCGGAAGCUGGCAGCGUAAAGCUAUAUGCAAACAUUGCCAAUAAAAGAAACAGGGGGCUGCCAAACCCCGCAAUACUAAAGCACCGGAAAUGGAGGGCGUUCCAAACCGUUAAUAACUCUAAAUUAAUAUGGGACUCAACACGUAAACCAAAAGGCAUUCUUUGUGCACACUUAAAUAUACGAAGCAUUUUAACGAAAAGUGAUCAGGUCAAUCACCUUCUCACUGACUCAAAUAUUGACUUCCUCUGCCUAUCUGAGACAUGGCUCCAUGAAUCUUCGCCCUCAGCAAUACUAUCUGUACCUGGUUAUAAAAUGUUUAGAAACGACAGACAGGGUUCUAAGGGAGGAGGUGUUAUGAUUUAUGCCAAGGACACUUUUAAUUGUAAUGAAAUACAUGUUACAGAUGAGAAUGGAUUAGAAUUUCUUGGACUAACUGUUUCUUUGUCACAGCAAAUGUCUUUUAUUCUUGUAGUUAUUUAUAGGCCUCCCUCAUCAAAUGCCGCUUUCUACGAAAAGCUGGAAAUGUUACUGAAACAACUCAAUCUUGCAAAAGAGGUGAUAAUAAUGGGUGACCUAAAUGUUAAUUGGGAAGUUAACAAAGUUAGGAAAAAAUUGAAAAGGGUUAUGGAUGAUAUGGAUAUGACUCAGGUUAUUAAUGGCCCUACGAGAAUUACAAACUCCACCCGAACUCAGAUUGAUCUAGCCUUUACUAAUAGGCCAGAAAGGAUCUUGAAGCCAUACAAUAUGCUCACAGGAUUGUCUGAUCACAAUCUUAUAAUGGUUUCAAGAAAAUUAAAUAAAAAGCGCUUCAAACCCUUGGCCACCACUGAAUCCAAUAGGAUACCAAAACAUGAACAACAAAAUUUCCAAGAUUCCAUCCAAGAAGUAAACUGGGAUGUAUUACUCGCUGGUAAAAAUUUAGAUGAGGAUUGUUCUACAUUUGCCAACAAAAUACAAGAAAUGAUUAUACAAUUUACACGGAUAAUUAAACUAAAAGCUAGAAAUAAUGGCCUGUCUUGGUUAAACACAUUUAUUCUGAAACUGAUGAAAGAACGCGAUCAUUCCUUGAAGUUGUCGGUCAAAUCAGGAUACAAUAGACAGCACUUUAUCUCACUGAGAAAUAGGGUAGUGAAAGAAAUAAGAAAAUCUAAAGCUGACUUUUUCAUUACUGCUCUGAAUAGUGCGAAGGGAAAUUCAAAAACUAUUGGGUGAUACACAAAAUAACAAAACAAAACUAAUGCAAAUUCAAUUAAAUGGAAACAUCCUGACGGAACCUCAAGUGAUGGCUGAUGCUUUUAACUACUUCAUUGAAUCUGUGUCAGAAAUCUCUUCUAAGUUUGCAGUAAAACAAAUGAAGGAAUACCCUGCAUUGUCUACAACGCAGUUCUUUACUAUUACAAAUAUUACUGAGACCAAAGUUAUCGAUUUAAUUCAUUCACUCAAACCAUCUAAGGCAAAGGAUGUUUUUGGAAUGGACACGAGCAUGCUCAAAGAUCUAGGUUCAACUCUUGCUCCUCCUAUUGCCUCAAUCAUUAAUCUUUCAAUUUCAUCUGGUCACUUUCCAAAGGCCUGGAAAUCUGCUAUUGUUACCCCUGUCUUUAAAUCCGGUGACUCAACUUCUCUGAAUAACUACCGACCUAUAAGCAUUCUUCCGGCCAUUUCCAAAGUUGCAGAAAAAUGGGUGUCAGAGCAGAUUGUCCAUUAUUUAAUCAGCAGCUCCCCCUCUCCACGCCAUGCAGUUUGGUUUCAGAUCCAAGCAUUCCACUGAAAUGGCUACAUGCCUCUUCAUUGAGAAAAUAAAAUCUUCUCUCGACAAGGGUGGAGUUGUAGGGGCGGUGUUCUUGGACCUCAGGAAAGCUUUUGAUACAGUAAAUCACUGUUCUUCUUACCAAGCUCUCAAAAUUUAACUUCUCUCGCAAAGCUGUGAGCUGGAUUGAAUCAUAUCUGCAUGACCGAACACAAUCUGUAUCAGUUAACAACUGCAGAUCAGAGUCUCUUAGGCUAACCUCUGGAGUCCCUCAGGGAUCAAUAUUGGGCCCCCUUUUAUUUAGUCUUUAUAUCAACGAUUUGCCCACUGUUUGCUCUGAAGCAGAGUGCGUAAUGUAUGCAGACGACACAGUUUUCUUUGUUCAUGGUCGCUCCAAAGAUACUGUUGCUGCUAAACUCACUAAUACAAUGUCCUGUGUCACAACUUGGUUGCAGGAGUGCUGUCUACAGCUAAACGUUUCUAAAACUGUAGGCAUGUAUUUCACUAAAACAAAUAGAGUAUCACCUGACCCCGACAUACUUGUUAAUGGAGAAAAAAUGCAAAUUGUCAGCCAAUACAAAUAUCUAAUAAUAGAUUCACAGCUUUUCUUUAAAGCCCAUAUUGACAAAUUGUGUAAAAAUAUCAAAUUAAACCUCGCAAAUUUUCGUGCAAUUCGGAAUGAAAUGUCAACUGAAGCUGCAAAAAUUUACCUGCAUUCGAUGAUUCUUAGUCACUUUAACUAUUGCAUAACCAGUUGGUCCCAGGCUGGUCAGAAUGCAAAAAAACCAUUGGAAGUUUUGUACAAACAAGUAAUUAAAGUGAUGGAUAAAAAACCAAGGCACUAUCAUCACUGUGCAAUUUUUAAAAAAUACAGUCUUUUAAACUGGGACCGUCUUCACAUAUUUGCAGAUUUAUAAAGUACUGCAUGAUUUGGCCCCAGCUCCUCUGGCUGAGUUCAUCAGCCAAAGAAACAGCUCUGAGCGUGUCACUCGAGGCUCUGUCAGAGGUGACUGUCUCAUUCCUCUGCGUAGGAGCACUUUCAGUAAGUCAGCCUGGUCAGUGAGGAGCGCUGGUGAGUGGAACUCAGUACCUGAGGAGGUUAAACUGCUUACAACAUACAAGGCCUUCACAAAAAAACUGAAAAUGUGGCUAGUUAACACCUAUAGCUGCCAACACUAAAAGACAAGUAUGUUAUGUUGUCUUUUUGUUAUGAUCAAAAAAAUUAUGGUUUUAUUCUCUCUUAAUAGUAUAGUUUGAUUAUGUAUCCUGUAUUAUAUUGUCUUGUAGAUGUAUUUUACUGCUUUUUUACAUCAUGGCCAGGGGACUACAGAUGAAAACUAGCCUUCUGGCUAAUUCUGGCUUUUUUAACCAUGUGUACUUCAUGUGUUUUAUGAAAUUGCAUUGUCCCCUUUCAAAAAUAAACUGAUAAACUGAAACUUUCUUAAUUAAUAGGGUUUAAUAUGACGUCGGUUCACCCUUG